CGCCGUUAAAUUCACGGAAGAAGAACAGAAGCCUGAGAGAACAACAACUUGUUUAUGGAAGGAGAGACGACGGCAUGCUAGCCAAGUUUUGAAAACCUACAUCGAGGGAACGUGUAUUAUUAUUUGUGAAACACCCUCGCUUCCGAGUCAAACAGUCGAGAUGGUGUCUUAUAAGAGACUGAGUCCAGAGGAUGUCCAAUUCUCCAACGCUGCUGCUUCAGAGGAGGCUCCUGUACAGGAGACGGUGGAGGUGAAGGACCCAGAGGAGACAGAGCGCCCCCUGCUGCCUCGGAGGCCCUCCUGUUCUACCACCACGGCCCUCAUCUCCCUGGGCUCCCUGCUGCUCCUGGUCUGUGGCCUCUGGCUUCUGGUGACCAUCUUCUGGCUCCAAGCCCCCUCCAACAGCGUCCCCCACAGGGCCCCGCCGCCCAGGGGCUCCCCAGGGACGGGUGGGGGAGACGGGGGUAGAGCCUUAACAGAGCCCCAGGCUUGUGGAGUGGUCCCAGAGGCCUGGAGGUUUGACUGCUACCCAGAGAGAGGGGUGGUGGUGACCAGGGAGUUGUGUGAGGCGAGAAACUGUUGCUUCAUCCCUGCCUCCUCCUCCUCCGCCCCGGGGAGGAAUGGUGUUCCCUGGUGUUUCUACCCUCCUGGGUUCCCCUCCUACUCCCUGGUGUCUGUUAACGCCACAGAGUUGGGUCAGACAGGAACUCUGGUGAAGACGGUGAAGACCUACUACCCUAAAGACAUUCUGACCCUACAGCUGGAGCUCCUCUAUGAGACAGACCACAGGCUCCGAGUCAGGAUCACCGACCCGUCUGAGUCGCGGUUCGAGGUGCCAAUCGCCGUGCCCAAGGCCACAGAGAAGGCCUCUAGUCCCGCCUACUCUGUGGAGCUGUCCAAUGAGCCGUUUGGCAUCAUCGUUAAGAGAACUUCCACAGGAGCUGUGCUCCUCAACACCACGGUAGCGCCUCUGUUUUACUGUGACCAGUUCCUCCAGCUGUCCAGCAGUCUGUCCAGUCAGUACAUCUAUGGGCUGGGAGAACACCGCUCCUCGUUCCUACACGACAUCCACUGGAACACUCUCACCAUGUGGGCUAGAGAUGUACCUCCCACGGAACUGACUAACCUGUACGGGGUUCAUCCCUUCUACCUGGCCAUGGAGGAGGGAGGGACGGGGACGGCACAUGGAUUCUUCCUGCUCAACAGCAACGCUAUGGACGUGGCCCUCCAGCCGGGCCCUGCCAUCACCUGGCGUACCAUUGGUGGGAUCCUGGACUUCUACGUCUUUCUGGGUCCCGAUCCGGCCUCUGUGAUUGGACAGUAUUUGGAGGUCGUAGGUUACCCCACCAUGCCAGUCUACUGGGCGCUGGGGUACCAUCUCUGUCGCUGGGGUUACGGAAGUAGCAAUGCCACCUGGGACGUCGUCAAGAACAUGCGGAAUUAUGGAAUACCUCAGGAUGUGCAGUGGAAU